UACACACUUAAAUUUUAUUUAAAAAAAAAAACACGUGUUUGUUGUGCAAUAAUAAAACUAUUAUAUACAAUCAACCAUUGUUUAAAUAUAAGGAUGAUAAACUUCGAGUUUCACAAGAUGAGCGUAGAUUUUUAUCUCGUGUUAUUGUUAAUUAACUUGAGGUAGCUUAUAGAAGAAAGAUGAAAGCGUUUAUUGUGUUGCUGUUCCUUCUUCACGUUGAUAGAAGCAGGGAAGCAACCCCUGGUGAAUUUAAACGGAGAUUCAUCCUCAACAUAAUCCAGCCGGAUAUUACCAAUGUUUUGGACGACAAAGAAGCACAGAGGCAGCUUUUUCAAGAGUUUUCCAGAGCUCGUCUCAUGGGAAACGGAAAUUCAUUGGCAGCUGAGUUGUUAUUUAAAUAUCAUGAUAGGGGAGUCGUUGAAGAGUCAGGCAGGGGAGUCAUUGAAGAGUCAGGUAGGGGAAUCUUUACAGAAUCAGGUAAGGAAGUCUUUGAAGAGAUGAGUAAUGUGGCAGAUGCGGUGAGAUCAUCAGUGAGAUCUUCUGCUGGUCGAGUCGACAAUCAGCUUGCCUCACAAACUCACAAGGCAUCGGUUCAAAUCCAAACGACUCCAAUGAAAAACAAGACCAGAUGCGACACUGACCUUGAUAGACUGGCUUCCAGUGUUGUCUUGGGAGAGUUGUGGGCCCUGCAAUUAAUAGAUGCAUGGGGCAAGCCUAGCUCGUCCAUUCUAGAUGGGCGUCUGAACUUUGCUGGCGGAUAUCAACAAUGUAGAAGUGUCACCGCGCCUGCGCAGUCGCAGGGGAUGGAGGGGUUCAAAGGAAAUUACUGCGCCGUAGGAAUGCUGGUAGAAUUGUUACAGAAAACCAAUGUCACUGUUCAGUUGGGUGCCUGUAUGCCAGACACCUGCACAGAAUUGGAAAUUGGGGAAUUUAUUGCCUCAGGCCUUGCCAGGCUGAAUCUGACGUUUGCGGUUGGUACUCCCCGAAUGUCGUACGGACUACCGGGAGGUCACUCUCGCUACCAAAGUAUCCAUCGCUAUCCUGACUAUCAUCGGAGUUUUAAUGCUACUCGGGAGUUGUUACGACAUCUUACGUCAGAAGUGGAACCCCUGGGAGCUGAGUACACUGCCAGCUCCUGGGUCACCUGCCGUAAGACAGACCCCCAGGUACGGAGCCAUGCCAGGCGGGGACAUAAACAGGACUUCAAAGCCAGACACACUCCAAGACGUCUCGGGUUCUCGCGUACUGCAAGGGGACGUAAUUCAUGUCAUGAAAGACGAUGAGACCGGAGUAUUAAGGGACGUAACACGCGUGAUGCAAGGGGACGUAAGUCAAGCCAUUCGUGACGAUCUGGCUGAAACUAAGGAAGAGACGAGUUUGUUGUUGGCGGGGACUGAGAAGACUGUGAGGAGGAAGUGGUCAGUAUUGGUCGACAUAUUGUUGGCUUUCUCGGUUUACACGAAUGGGAAAAAAGUACUCGAUACUCGUCAGCCUGCUGGGUCUUUGACAGCGAUACACGGUAUUCGAUUCUUGAGCAUGACGUGGGUGAUCCUAGGACAUACGUAUAACGUAUCCAUAUCUAUUCUCGGCAGUACACCAACUACAGUGUUGCUGGAGCAUAUCAAGCGAUGGACAUUCGAUGCCGUGUUUAAUGCCAGUGUCUCCGUGGAUACAUUCUUCACCCUCAGCGGCCUCCUUGUGGCGUACCUGACCUGCAAGGAAAUCUUCAAAAAGGGCUGGAAGAUUAACUGGCCACUCUUUUACUUUCAUCGUUUUUGGAGGCUGACCCCACCCUACAUGCUGACCAUACUCCUGGUUCUAGGCCUGCAGAGGUUCAUGGGGUCGGGGUCCCUGUGGCCCAUGCAGAUGCCCGUGGACAAGACCUUCUGUGAGAACAACUGGUGGACCAACCUUCUCUACAUCAACAACAUCGUUCACAACGACGAGAUGUGCUUGGAACAAUCAUGGUACCUGGCCAAUGACAUGCAGUUCUACGUCCUAAGCCCUUUGAUGCUUAUUCCAUUUUACUUCCAUGCAUACGCUGGACUGGCGUCGUGUUUGGUGUUUCUUUUGGCCCAGUGGAUUACAACAGGUAUUUUGGCAACACAGAACGAUUGGACAGCGACACCACUGCUAAACGUACCUGCCAAACCUGGAGCUUUAAACUGGCAGUUAUAUUAUUAUUUCGCACCUUACUGCCGCAUUGGACCAUACGUCGUUGGAAUAAUAGUUGGUUAUUUUUUGGCUGUUUCUAAUGGGAAAAUUAAAAUGCGAAAGUACGUGGUGUGUAUAGGCUGGGCCCUGGCCACAGCGGUGGCCUUGGCCGUCCUGUAUGGCCUUCGUGGUGACAUCAGCGGUGACCACUACAGCAGUGUGGGCGUGGCAGCUCUCUACCUGGCCCUGGCACGGUCCGCCUGGGGUGCCAGUGUGGCCUGGGUGGUGGUGGCCUGCGCCUCAGGGUAUGGGGGACCUGUGAAUGCAAUAUUGUCCUGGCCACCUUUCGUGGUACUUGGUCGACUGACCUAUAUGGCAUACCUGAUUCAUCCGUGUUUGAUGAUUGCCUACUUCGCCAACAUGGAGUCUCCGUAUUACACGAUUGACACAAGCAUUGCGAUAUCUUUCCUGGGGAUUCUGGUGGUCGUCAACAUGGCGUCGUUUGUUCUCAUGCUGGCGCUGGAGUCCCCCAUGAUCAGUCUGGAAAAAAUAUUCCUGGGCAAAACGAAAAAGAACGCGUGACGUCUGUCGCCAGGUUCAAAGUGACAUUGGAAUAUCUGUCUUCAAUGAGUAACGGUUCGAAAUGGGUUUAGUUUCGAAUCCUUGGAUUUUUUUCACUCGGGAUUCUAACGUAUAGUCACUCCUAAUUAAAAGUAUUUUAUUUUCUAAAAUGUAAUACUUAUAUCGUGUUGGAUAUCCCUUUAAAUUUAUUUCAUUUAA